GGGCACGAUGCCGAGUUGUACCUGGCCCGCCUAGCUCGUUGACAUGACGAUGAAGCUCAAUCUGUCCAAGAUUGUCAACCACGACGACGGCGAGGGCUGCAACGAAGCCAAGUCCCCGAUCUACGUCGAAUCGAGAAGUAGGUCUGGCAGCGGUGCAAUGCGAUCCGGGCCAGUGCAGAUGUACAUGACGGCGGAGACCUCGAACCCGUCGCGCCAUACCAUCAUGUGCUACGGCGCCCUUUCCAACCUCAUUUACCCCCUCUCUGCAGUGUACUUCCACAUGACUGGAAGGUCAUUCAAUUCGGUCACGACCUUGAUUGGCAUCAGGUGGUCAUUCAGAGAGUUCAUCGGCCUCCUGCGUCCCGCCGUUUGGGUACCGCCGCAUGUCAUGGUUGUUCUAUGGGUGGACAAUAUGCUUCCACUUUAUUAUUUUUGCUCGCUUUUGCCGACCGUACUACACGAACCGUAGCAUUGACGGCACUUCGGCCGCCAAGCUCACAGAUGCGCCGAACGCAACUUGCAAUGUCAUCUACUGGCGCGACCGACGCACCUGACACCCACAAUCCAGUCGCGAUGAUGUACUUCAUGCACUCUAUAAAGACGAUUGCUGCAUGCUUCUCGGUGCUCCUGCUUCCGAGUUUAAA